AUGCUCUACCACGUCAAGACCAAAGCCAGCGAUGAUGGGUCCGUCGAGCUAAAGAAGAUGCAACUUUCUUCCUACCCGCAAUGCGCGCUUUUCGAACAGACCAUUCUCUCGCGCGAAGAUGCACAUGGGUCAAAAGAGGUUCUUGUGAAGUGGCACGCCCCUGCCCCUGCUGCUGGCCAAAAGGGAGCUGAGGAAGAGCUUGAGCGGGAGCAAGCAGAGAGCGCAAAACUCAAGAGGCUGGAGGCAAAGACGAUCACCGUUGAACUUGACCCGCCGCCGAGGAUCGAGGAGCUGGAGUGCGUGGAGGUGGAUUUGCAUGGGAGUCCGACGACGUGUUACAAGGUUGGGGAGGAGUAUGAUCGGUGGUUUUCGGAGCGGUUCGGCUUGAACUCGAGGCGUCAGUCCGGCCAGUCGACGCCCCAACUGCAGCAGCAACCACAGCAGUCAGGAGGUGUAGGAGGGGGGUGGCUAUCUACCCUAACAAGUAUAGUAUCCUGGUUCCCUACCGUCCCGAUUUCGGUUCCCGGGUUCAUCGCCAUCCAAGGAGAACGCGAAGAGGAGGAGGGUCAAGAACAACAACAACCGAACAAGCCAUGGAUCACAUUCACCGACGUUGCCCCCCUGCUCAUCACCUCGGAAUCUUCCCUAUCCAACCUCUCUGCCCGCCUGGUCCCCGAGUCUCCCAAAGAAUCCACUGAAUCAACAACGCACCCCCAACAUAAAGUCCCAAUGUACAAAAUGCGCCCGAACCUCGUCGUGGACGACCAAGGCGAAGAAGCCUGGGCGGAGGAUUACUGGGGCGAACUUGUUGUUACUUCUACUUCCACUUCCAGGUCAAGCACAAGGUCAACUUCCAACACAUGCACCGCACCAACAACCACCAACAAGAAAGCGAAGAAGAGAAAAACAAAACUCCACUUGACGGGCAACUGCGCCCGCUGCACCAGUCUCAACGUCGACUACGACACGGGCAAGCCGGCUAAGGGGGAGAUGGGUACUAGUGGAUCCGGGAUGAAGUGGAGUCCUGUGUUUGGGCGGUAUGCGUUUGUGGGGGAGAGUGUUUAUGUUGUUGAGGAGGAGCGUGAGGACCACGAGGAGGAGAAGGAGGAGGAGGAGCGCGAAGUGUGGAUUAGUGUGGGUGAUGAGGUGCAGGUGACGAGGAGGAAUGAGGAGAGGACGGUUAUGGAUUGGCCGUUUUGA